GUCAGUGGAAGGAAGUUGAAUUCUUGCGAAUUCUUGUAAAUUGUAAUCUUGAAUGAGAUGAGACCUACCUAAUAAUUUAUGACUAUAAACUUAGUUUAUUCUUGAAUCUUGAUUUUGGCAUAUUUGUUUUGUUUUUGUGAGCCUAGUUUAAGAGUUUGUAAUAGUGUGCAGUGUGCAAAACUAAAAUUAAAAAGAACAUUUACAUAAGCAUUAAAUACAAAAUAGUUUGAUUUUUGUAUAGAUUACCUGCUCUUUUCUCCUAAUUUAAAAUUAUGAACUUUAAUAAUAUUACAAGUAAAAUACUUUUCUUUAGACUUCUGUCAAAACGAUUUUCUACAAAAAUACCUGCAGCGCCAGUUGUUACGUUGGAAAAUCGACAAAGUCCUAAGUUGAAAGUUGACUCAAACACUAUAGCUCUUUUAGAGAGACUUUCUUUAGUUAAAUGUAAUAAUAUAGAGGGAGUGGAAGUAUUAGAAGAUUCUAUAUCAUUUGCUGACAAAAUCCUUCAUAUAAAUACAGACAAUGUCGAACCGUUAUAUUCAGUUUUAGAAAACGAAAAUCUUAGCCUUCGUUUUGAUAAAGUAACACAAGGAAACUGUCAAACAGACAUACUUAAAAAUGCUACAGUAACGGAAGAUGAUUACUUUGUUGCACCACCAGGCAACAUUCCCUUACAUGAAGUAAAUGAUAAUGAAUGUAACCAGUCUUUAAAGGAAAAUGAGAACUGAAAUUAAAAGAGUUAUUAAUUUGCAAAACUUCUUCAAUGUUAUUAAAUCAAAUGAAAGAAGUAUUAUUUUUUCAUUUGAUACAGCAAGCAAAAUCCUGUUGCGAAAUAUAUAUACCCAAUGGCUUCAAUUUAUAUAUUCUAAGACAAAUAAUAAUUUUCCAGUGUUUUUAAAUAAAUCAAAAGCUUUUAUUUUAAAUAAAGAACAAACAUUACCAUAUGGAUGGAUAAACCAAAACAUGCUACAAUUCGAGAAACAAGAAAUUAGGCAAUUCAAAAUGGAUGAUACAGAUUUAAAAACAACUUCAGAAUUGUGUCUCAACCUAGUGGUGCCUUCACAAGAUAUAAUGCAGUUUUUCAUGCAAUGGCAGAGAUAUAGGAAAUAUUGGUGGAGUUCAAUAACUACAACACCAAGCCUAUUUAUGCUAAGUGACAUUAAACAAGAUGGAAAUGCAGCAAAUGUUAAUAUAUUGGCUAACUUUAAUUGGGGCCAGAAAGUUGUUGAGAAUAUAUCUAUAAAUACAGAAAGCACUGAAACCUCCUAUUUGAAUUGCAAGAUGUCAUUUGAAGAUGCUUUAUUUACAAUUUUACUUGAUGGAUUAUGGAACAGUACCAAAGAAGAAUAUUUACGACUCCACAAUAAAAUGGCUCCAUAUAAAAUAGCCCUAGCUUUAGAUUAUGAAGAUUCUAAUAAUGUUGAUACUCUUAGAGAACUUGCCAUAUUAAUGGCUCACAAACUAGAAGCAAGAAAUAUAUCAACUUGGUUACCAAAUGUUUUAUUGCCUUUGGAUUCACAGCUGAAAGAAAAUCUUCGGAUUGGAGUAACUUACACUGCUAUUAUAAGCGAAUUUAGUCUUUCUAACGGUAUUUUCAGCUUACUGAACAGCAGUACAAAGUUAAAGGAACAAAUACACUUAGCUGAUUUUGCAUCUUAUGCUGCAUUACUUUGUGGCAAAAAAUAGAAUGUAUAUAUUAGUAUUGUAUAGUGUAGAGUAAUUAACUUUCUUUACCGUUAUAUAUAGAUUAGUUGCUAAUUUUAGUUGGCUAUAACUUUACAUGCAUAAUUAAAUGAAAAUAUGAUAUAUUUAUUCACUCAAAAUUUACUAACAGUUGUGGCUAUAGCAAGGAUGUAUUCAAAAGUCAGAUGUACACUUAAGAUUUCAUUUAUUUAAGAAUACUUGUUGCAAAGAAGUAACAUUAAAAUGUAAAAUAUGAAAAAAAUAUCUACAUUUGUAUUACAAAAAGAUUUAUAUAUAUAUAUUUAGUUUAUUAAGUAAUUGUAACAUUGUCCUUUUGUUUUGCAAUUAAAGAAUAAAUGAGACACAAUAUGUCAAAUAAAUUUUUAGUUGGAU